AAUGAAAAUUCUAUUGAUUUUCUCAGUUCUCUUAUUUGUUGGACAAGCUCUUUCCAACUAUGUUUGUCCUCGUGACGAAUAUUUGAAACCUGUUGAUGGCGCGUUUGCUGAUCCUAAUAAUUGUGGAAUCUUUUAUCAUUGUACAAACGGUACUGCCUACGCUCAACAAUGCCCACCUGGUUUACAUUUUACAAUAUUGAGAAAAAAUUGUCAAUUCUUUACUUGUGUUGAUCCAAAAGAUGCCGAUUGCCCUGGAAACAAUUCCGUAAACGAUGCAGAGUUUAGACCAUGUUCUGAAAGUACACCGGUCGCCCUCAAUUCGGAUCAAGCUUGUUACAGCAAGGAUAAUGAAUGUCAAAUCACAGUGAAUGGAACUUUUCCGAAUAAGAAAGAUUGUAGACAAUACUAUCAUUGCGUAAAUGGAAUCGCUUGGCCUCAACAAUGUCCCAAUGGACACUACUUCAGUCCAUCAUUAAAUGUAAGAGAUUGUAAUUCAAAGUUAUGCGUUCCACUGGAAGAAGCACAGUGCAGCAUUAACGGUAAUUGGUCAACUUGGUCUGAAUGGGAACAAUGCGAGCCAUCAUGUGGUGAUGGUAUUAGCAUACGUCGACGAAGCUGCACCAAUCCUCCUCCUUCUAAUGGAGGAGCAAACUGUGAAGGUAGCGAAUACGACAUCAAACCCUGUAUUAGUGAACCUUGUAGACUCUUGUCUCAGCCAUCUUUUAUGGUUGCCCAAAGAAAUCUUGACACAUAUUCACAGGGAAUCAUUCGUUGGAGUAAAGUAUGGUAUAAUUUUCAAGAUCUCUUUGAUCCCGAAAAGAAUAGCUUAAAUAUUUCUGAGAGCGGGUUUUAUAUUUUAUCAUUGUCUGCCGCUUUAGCUUCACGCCAAGGAAUUACAUUUAGACAAACAACCCCUCAAAAUAAUGGUCUAUAUAGGAGAGCUGAUGGAAAUAAUAUUUAUGAAGAGGAUAUGAUAUCUCAAACAGGAAUUCAUUUUUUAACCCGACUUAGCUCACCAUUAAUUCGUCAAACUUCUUCUUCAACUCGCCUAUUCAGCUCUUUAAAUGGUAGAGAAACAUCUUGGUCCGGUUUUAAAUAUGAAUCAAAUAACGUUCUCUAUGCGGGUACUCUUAGUUCCAUAAUCUAUCCUUCAAAGUUACGUUUGGAGAGAAUUGCCACAAUUAGGGGCUUUUCCCAAUCUGAUAAUAAGGAAGACUUUAAAACGUCAGAGGGUGGUUGGUAUUACAUUAAUUUUGGAGUGGGUUUCUAUCAAAAUCGAAUGGCCCAAAUUGCUCUUCAAAUUAACAAUGAAGUUCAAUUUAAGAAGACAUUAAUAAGAUCACAUACCAGUUACUCGACCCGUGACCAAGGAUCUAGAGGAUUAGUUGUAAGACUAAAUUCAUCGGAUACCAUUGGUUUACGUUUCAUCAGCGGUGUUAUUUAUUCCGGAAAUAGCCUAGUAACAUAUCUAACAGCUUGCAAACUAAAUAGUUCAGAUGGCUCUCCUCUAUUAUACGCCUAUAGAAAAAAUGACUUUUCGUCAUCCCAAUUCUCAUCAUUAACCUAUAAUACUACUGUUAUUGAUACUACAAAUUCGUGGAAUGGUGAAUAUUAUACCGCAAAUAUAUCAGGCUUGUAUCAUGUCGAUAUCUCUAUUGGUCUUCAGUCGAGAAAAGAUGCUCAUUUAAGAAUAUAUGUAGACAAUGAAGAAGUUUUAUCACUCCUUCGUUAUUCAAGGCUUCAUUCAGGUAUCGAUACAAUAUCUAGAACAGGACUAGUUAAAUUGAAAAGAGGCUCUAAAUUGCAAAUAAAAGCAAAUGGUGAUUUAGCAAGUGAUAAUAAAGAAUUAAUAUCGAUAACUAUAUUUCUAAUAUCGCAAUGA